AUGCUAGAAGAUAAUCUAGUGCCGGAAGAUAUCGCUAUAGCGUGUCUGCUAGCGGCUCUACACAAACGCCUAGUGUUGAUUGUGUGCAAGCAGUUGAAUGUGGCCGAAGCUCAAAUAACCGCCACUCUGGAGCGACUGCUGAAUCGCCGGUGUACUCUUAUUCACGCAAGUGCUGAAACCACUUGGCCACGGCUAGCAAUGGACCUUAAACAUGCGUCCGGGACCAGCGUAUUAAUAAAAAACCCAGAUACUCUGACCACAACCGUACAAACCCACUUUGUGGACUCCCUAGUGAGACCUGAUCCGAGCCCGGUAUCUUUGGACAUCACAACAGUAGUUCUCCUUGGAUCCUACGACAAGUUAAUACGGCCGCUCAGACAGCUUGUGUUAUUUCGAGAAGAGAUUGAUCUAUCAAUUGAAAACAGCAUGCUGGCCUUGCCGUCUAAAAUAGGUUUCCAGGACCAACUAGUCACCAUGCGGGCAAAACUUCCCGGAGUCGCAAUUAUCCCGGAAAUUGCUCGUUACAUUCAAGACAUUAUGGUAUUUAUUCGCACAAACCGACUGGUCAAGUCCGGAGUGUCUCCGCGCGUCUCUAAAGACCUGGAGCUGCUAGCUCGCAGUAUCUGCCUUUUACGCGACCUAAAGUUUAUCACCCCAAGCAUUAUUUCCCUGGCAGCCCGCAAAAUGCUGCCCAUCAAAGUUGAACUCGAAGAUCCAUCAAAAGAACCAAGCCUGCAAUGGGGAGGCGAUUUCGAAGUAGCCAAAAUAUGGUUCAGCAACUGGAACACAGAACUACUGAUUGAAAGCAUACUAGAGACAGUCCCACCGCCUCUGUAA